GGAAGAGAUGAGCGCUGUGUACGGCGGAGUGGAGGGUGGUGGGACACACUCUAAAGCAGUUCUGCUUUCUGCUGAUGGACAUAUCCUUGCUGAAACAGAUGGACCAUGCACCAAUCACUGGUUGGUUGGUGUAGAUAACUGCAUCAAUGGUAUCAACGAUAUGGUCCAGAGAGCUAAAAUCAAGGCUGGGCUGGACCCAAACACUCCACUUUGUUCAUUGGGAAUGUCUUUGAGUGGCGGAGAGCAGAAGGCUGCUAUACAGAAGCUUAUUGAUGAUAUGAAGGAAAGAUAUCCCAACCUGAGCCAAAGUUAUUUUAUUACCACUGAUGCCAUUGGUGCCGUGGAAACUGCCAGUGAUCAUGGUGGUAUAGUGGUCAUCUCAGGCACUGGUUCCAACUGUAAACUGGUGAAUCCUGAUGGCACACAGGUUGGCUGUGGUGGCUGGGGUCACAUGAUGGGAGAUGAGGGUUCAGCAUACUGGAUUUCUCACCUUGCUGUUAAAACAGUUUUUGAUGCCAAAGAUAACCUUGUCACGCCCCCUCAUGAUGUCACCUUUGUUAAGAAGGCCAUGGAGGAAUACUUCCAGGUGUCUGAUUUUAUGGGGAUGCUUCCUCAUUUGUACAGAAACUUUCAGAAGUCACACUUUGCCGGGUUCUGUAGGAAACUGGCUGAAGGUGCUAAUGCUGGGGAUGCGUUGUGCAAACACGUGUUUACAGAGGCUGGAAAAGCCCUUGCGCAGCACAUUGUAGCUGUCUUACCUAAAGUGCAUCAGGAUCUGUUUUCCGGCGAGCUUGGAUUGCCUAUCCUGUGUGUCGGUUCUGUGUGGCGCAGCUGGGAGCUCAUGAUGUCUGGUUUCACUCAGGUCAUCUCACAGGCUCAGUCUUAUGGUUACAGCCACUUCUGUAAGUACAGCCUGCUCAUUUUACGCCAGUCUUCUGCUCUGGGAGGAGCCAAACUGGGGGCGCAGAACGCUGGUGCCACCCUCCCGCUGGACUACACCGCAAAUGUCAAUGUGUUUUUUAGCCAUACCUUUACCAAUCAUUGACCAGAUUAAACAGGCCUGAGGUGACACUAAAUUCUUGUUUUAAUAAAAAACCCAAGUGGGA